GUAUUUUUGUAAUAUACGAAUAACGCUUCUUUUUAAAGUGAAAUUUACUUUAACGUUAAGUUAUGUUACUUAAAUAUUUAGGUACAAUUGUACCAUCACAAGAUUAUGAAAAUAGAGUUAUUAGCAUAGUUUGGUCACCUAAUAAUCAAAAACUUGCUGUCGCUUCUACUGAUCGUUCAAUCUAUUUGUUUGAUGAAAAUGGUAUUAUGAAAGAUAGAUUUUCUACUAAACCUGUGGAACCAAAGUUUGGUAAGAAGAGUUAUCUUGUUAAGGGUAUUGCAUUUUCUCCAGAUUCAAUAAAAAUAGCUGUAGGUCAGACCGAUUGUAUGAUUUAUGUUUAUAAAAUUGGUGAAGAAUGGGGUGAAAAAAAAGUUAUAUGCAAUAAAUUCAAACAAAAUUCAGCAGUCACUUGCUUAGCUUGGCCUACAGAAGGACCAAUUAUAGCUGGUCUUAUAGAUGGCAAGGUCCGUGCUGCAUUUAUAAAAACUCAUAAAGUACAAACCUUGUAUACGGCAGAUGCUAUGACAAUUGCAUUGGCUACUAAUAUUAGAGGAACUGGUUUUCUAUCAAGUCACGCAGAUGGUAGUAUUAUAAGAUAUUAUGUGGCGGAUGAUGGAAAUAUUGAACCUUCAGGACGUGUAUGCACUCACAAUGUACCAGCUUAUGGUUUAGCUUGGCCUCAAGCUCAUAUUAUGGCAGCAGGUUGUGAUAAGAAAAUAACGUUUUACGAAUCUCAUGGAAAACUUAUUAAAACUUUUGACUAUAGCAAAGAUAGUAGCGAAAAAGAAAUGACCGUUGCAUGCUGUAGUCCUAGUGGACAAAGUAUUACAAUAGGUUCAUGGAACAGAAUAAGAAUAUUUGAUUGGACUCCUCGUAGAGCAAUUUGGGAAGAAGCAAAGAUUAAAGAAUUACCUAAUUUCUAUACAGUAACAGCAUUGGCAUGGCGCAAAGAUGGUUCCAGAUUAAUUAUUGGUGGAUUGUGUGGUACUGUUGAACAAUUUGAAACCAUAUUAAGACGUACUCUUGUUAGAGGAAGUCACGAGGUAGCAUAUGUUGGUCCUAGUCAAGUUAUUGUUCGUCCAUUAAAUGGUACUAGUCAACCGGUUGUAAUUAGAUCACGUACUGGAAAUGAGAUAGAAGAUGUAAAGGUAUUAGGUCGAAAAGAUAAUAACAUUGUAGCACGCACAUCAACAACAUUAUUAAUUACCGAUAUCGAACAAAAUCUUAUUAGCGAGAUACCUUGGGAAGAUAAAAGCAAUAAUGAAAAAUUCUUUUUCGAAUAUCCUGGAGUUUGUUUGAUAUUUUGUGCUGGUGAAUUAAUGGUUGUUGAAUAUGGUAAAAAUGAAAUACUUGGAUCGGUAAGAACUGAAGCAAUAAAUCCACAUGUUGUUAGUAUAAGAAUUAAUGAAAGACAUGUACCUGGUAUGGCAGACAAUAAAAGAUUAGCAUAUCUCUUAGAUCCGCGAACAGUACGUAUAAUUGAUUUUGUAACGGGUAUUACUAUCAGCAUGAUAACACAUGAUGUACGAGUAGAUUGGUUAGAAUUAAGUGAAACGGGACAUAGACUUUUGUCACGAGAUAAAAGAGGAAGAUUAUGGUUAAGUGAUGAUGAAGGAGGUAAAACUUUGUUAUUAACGGGAGUUGGUUUUGUAUCUUGGGUACCUGGAAGCGACGUUGUUGUAGCACAAACAGGUCAAACAUUAGCAGUAUGGUAUAACGUGGAUGCUCCAGAAGCAGCAACUCUUAUACCUAUUCGUGGCGAUGCCAUAGAUAUCGUUAGAGAAAAUGAUCAAACUUCUGUGAUAGUCGAAGAAAUGGGUAAUGGAGUAUCUUAUCUACUCGAUGAAGGGUUGAUUGAAUUUGGUACAGCAUUACACGAUAAUGAUUUUGGAAGAGUUGUCUUGUUUUUAGAAGAAUUAGGUGAUACUCCACAAGCUGAAGCUAUGUGGGAAAAUGUAGCAAGAAAUGCAAUGGCUGCUAGAGAAUUAUCAAUCGCAUCACGAUGUUAUGCUGCUCUUGGAGAUGUAGCUUGUUCGAAAUUUCUUCAAGAAAUAGUCAAUGUUGGGGAAAAAUAUCAAAUGGAGACGGGCAAUGAUUCGUUGACAAGUCCAGAUUGUUGGGCUAUGUUGGCAAUACUAAACGGAGAAUUGAAAACUGCAGAAGUUAUUUAUUUAGAACAAAAUGAAUUAGAUAAAGCUUUAGAUAUGUAUCAGAAGUAUUGGCAUUGGGAAGAUGCAUUAAAUUUGGCACAAAGUCGUGGUUGGUCUGGUUUAAAGGAGCUUAGAGAUCGUCAUUUAGGAUGGUUACUCGAAAAUGGACAAACAGCCAAAGCAGCAGCUAUAAUGGAAACAGAUAAUCCACAACGUGCAAUAAAACUUUAUUUAGAAUCUCGUAGACCAGGACGUGCAGCUAGACUAUUAUUAGUUAAUAAUGAAUUACUGGAAGAUACAGCAAUUAUUAAUGAAGUAGUACGAGCCUUAAAGGCAACUGAUUUGAUGGAGUUAGCAGGAGAAAUUUUAGAAAAGACAUCCGACGCUAUAGAUGCUAUUAAAUGUUAUGCUGAAGCUGGUGUAUAUGCGAGAGCAUUAGAAUUGGCUCGUAAAAUCGAUCCAACUUCUGUAGUUAUUUUAGAAAAAGAAUGGGGAAAACAUUUAGUUGCAAAUGGUCAUUAUGAUGCUGCGAUAAAUCAUUUUAUCGAAGCUGGAGAAACUACUCUUGCUUUAAAUGCAGCCAUUGAUGCUCGACAAUGGAGAAAAGCAUUACAAAUAAUGCAAGUAAUAGAAGACGAUGAUCCACAAAUACAAAAGCAAUGUGAAAAGAUUGGCGAGUAUUUUGAAUCGAUAGGAGAUAAAAAUUUAGCAGAAAGUUUAUUUCUACGAGCAUUAAAUCCUAGAAGAGCCAUUGAUACUCAUAUCCAAUCUGGUAAUUGGAAUCGUGCACAUGAAGUAGCCACAGAAUAUAUGAAUAAAGAAGAAGCUAAUGAGGUUCUUGUAAAACAUGCAGAGACCUUAGAACAAACUGGUGAUUUGCGACAUGCUGAAACACUCUAUGUUGCAAUUGGAGAAUAUGAUUCUGCAAUUGCAAUGUAUAGAAAAGCUGGUCAGCGUAAUGACAUGAUAAGAUUAGUUGCAAAAUAUAGACCAGAGUUACUUCAAACUACUCAUGCCCAUUUAGCACGUGAAUUGGAUGCUGCUGGGAAACCUCGGGAAGCAGAAGAACACUUUUUAGGCGCUAAUGAUUGGCGAGGUGCUGUAGCGUCUUAUAGAUCAGCAAAUAUGUGGGAAGAUGCUUUACGUGUUGCAAAACAAGCUUCUGGUGAAAAAGCUGCUCAACAGGUGGCAUUAAUGUGGGCACGUACAUUGGUACCAGAAUUAGGUGCUAGAUUAUUAAUGCGUUUAACAUACUUUGAAGCUUGUCUUCAAAUAGCAUGUGAAGCUGGUCUAUUCGAUUGGGCUUUGGAAAUAGUAAAAUAUGGUACAUCGGAUCAAAAGAAAGAAGUUCAUUAUAGAAAAGCCAUGGCAUUAGAAGACGAAGGAAGAUUUUCAGAGGCAGAAAAAGAAUUUAUUCAAGCUGGAAGAGCUAUGGAAGCAGUACAAAUGUAUAUACAUACUCGAGAUUGGGAAGCUGCUGAAGAUGUGGCACAGUCUCAUAUUCCAAAUGCAUUAAAUCAAGUUCUUGUUGCAAGAGCUACAGAAGCAGCAGAAACACAGGAUUACAGCCUUGCAGAAUCUCUUCUUUUGAGGGCGCAUAAGCCAGAAAUAAUAGUAGAUCAUUAUAAGAAAGCUGGUAUGUGGUCAGAGGCAUUAAGAGUAUGUAGAGAAUAUUUACCAAGUCAAGAGGCUGCACUUCGUAGAGAAUUAGGGCAAAAAAGUGCAGGUAUCGACGGAUUGAACGCCUUAGAAGAAGCUCAGAAGUGGUUAGAAGUUGGAGAAAUACGUGCAGCAUUGGAUAUUCUUAUCCUAGAUCCACAAGCAUCAAGAACUUCUUUAACUCGAGCUGCUGAUAUUCUUCUUCAUCAAGCUGAUCCAGAAACAGCUAUAGAAAUUGGUGGAGAUUUAGGAGCACGAUUAUUUGAUGUUGGUGAACAUGCUCUUUCUGCUCAGGUAUUUUUACAAGCUGAUAGGAUUAGAGAUGCUAUCAACGCUUUAGCUGCUGUAAACGAAUGGGAAAGAGCACGACGCAUUGUAAGAGAACUUGCCCCAGAAUUAGAACCAUAUUUAGAAGGAAAGUACAAGGAUGCUAUUAUAAGAGACGGAGAAAUCGACAAAUUGGUAGAAGUUGAUACAGGAGCUGCUUUAGAAAUUUUAGCACAAAAAGGUCAAUGGGAUCAAGUAUUUGAAGCAGCGAGUAUGCAAAGUCCCGAACUAUUACACAAAUAUGUCGCACAACGUGCGGCCCAUUUACUAAAAUCACAUUCACCAAUCCAAGCUCUUCGACUGUACAUGCAAUACAGCGCAUUACCAAUUCCCCAAUAUUUCAACCUUUAUCUCAAAUUAUCAGAAACAAUUCUCAAUUCUGAUGAAACUUAUAACGAAUAUAAAUAUUUGUCUCAAUUACGAAGCGUUUUAUACGAAUUAUGUAAAAAUUUAGAUUUGUCUACUGCAAGUGGUUUGAAAUUUCGUAAAUAUCUCGAAGCAACCCAUUAUUCAGCAGUUAGAUGUGGAUGCCGUGAAUUUUCUGGAUUAAACGGAAUAAUAACGAAGACCUCUAUUACUCUUAUACGUUAUUCGGACAUUUUGUUACCCGAUCGUUGUUACUAUAACGCUGGUAUUGAUGCACGAUCUAGUGGACUUACGAGCGAAGCUUUCAUAUUCUUAAAUCAUUUUCUUGAUCUUGAAGAAUGCAUCGAGGAAGGAGAUAGUAAUAUUCUCGAUGUAGAUGAUCUCAGAGUAACUGAUUUUCCCUUGGAAGUACCUUUACCAGCUACUUUAAGUAUGACUAAGGAACAACGGGAAGAAGCUAAAGAAUGGGUUUUAGCUAUUUCUAUGGAUCAAAAAGUAGAACAAGGUUUGCCGAUUGAUCAACGUGGAGUUUAUAUUGGUUCUUUAACUAGUUCAAUAAGUAAUUCAAUACCUUUACAAGAAUGUACGUUAACGGGAUAUCCGAUUCGUGGCCCGGUGAUUAAAUUUGAAAAAAGUAACCGUGUAACCGAUCGUGACGAUUGGACUAAAUUGGUUAAUGUCGCUCGACAAACAUCAUCCGAUUCUCCACUGAACGACAUUAUUAUAUUUAUACAAGAUUGGUGCGGUGCUGUUCCAACUUAUUCGUUUUAAAAAAACAAUGUACAUUAUAUUUUAUAUAGAUGUUAAUAUACAUACCUGUGUUUAAAGAAAAUGUAUUUUAUUUUACUGAUUAUAUU